AAUGCGGUGUCUUGUACACGGAGAGUGGGACGUAGGCUUCGGGAACUGUGAAGCUGUAAGAUGUCGUCCACCAGAAAGCGUGUUUAUGGGCACUCACUAUCCAGUGAAGGAUUCCUACAAUUACCAAGAGAGCGUGACGUAUCAGUGCCUGGAGAAUCACGAAGUUAUUGGCCCUGCCACUCUGACAUGUGACCGUUACGGCGAAUGGAGUGGCUACACUCCGUAUUGCAGAGCUGUGACCUGUCCGGAUCCCUCGCAACCUGAACACGGCCGCCGGAUUGGCUCUUCUUUCUUCGUGGGGGACACAGUGAAGUUUAAGUGUAUGACUGGUUUUACCCUCAUGGGCUCCCAGAACCGAACAUGUCUACCAAACGCUCAGUGGAGUGGGGUGCUUACCAUUUGUGAGAAGGGAGAUUCCGACUGUCCCGAUCCUGGCACUCCUAUCGGAGCUGUGAAGGUCGGUAAGAGUUAUAACAUCGGUGACACAGUGACCUUCACCUGUGGGUCAGACUUCUUCUUGGAGGGCUCCGCCAACCGGGUGUGUCUGAAAAACGGAAUGUGGUCAGGGACGGAAACCUACUGUCGUUACAAGUACAGUUACAGGGACCCUGAGGAGGCAGCCAUUUUGUUUGGCGAAAAACUAGACCAGAUAUCCAUAGAGACGUCUGACAGCAAACUGGGGGCGAAACUAAGAGAAAAUUUGACCCUGGUGCAUGACAACAGCACUGGACGGGCCAUUAACAUUGGUUACCAGUUCGGAGUGGAUCUGUACAUCCUCGUCGAUGUCUCGGGGAGUAUUUCUUCAGAGGCUCUGAAUAUCACAAAGGAAUUCUGCAAGGCUAUCGUUGAUAAGGUGGGCGUGUCCAGGAAGAUCGACGGCACGAGAGUAACACUAAUCAGUUUCUCGGGAAACUUCGAAGAGCUUGUGACUCUCCAUGAUGAGCAGACGCCAGAGGCGGUGAUAGCCAAAAUUGACGAGAUGGGAAAAAUUAGAGGUAGUAACGCUACAGCAACGACUUUAGCCAUGGAACGGGUUGAGGAUUUCAUCGCAUCAAGGAAAAUACAGGCGCUGGGCACAAAAGCUCUUAGUGCCGUCAUUCUGCUUACUGAUGGAAAGCACAACAUGUACGGCAGUCCCGUGGCAGUGGCAAACAGAAUGAAAACUGACUAUGGCACAGAUAUGUACACUAUAGGGAUCGGUGUGGACGUUGACGAGGAAAUAUUGCAGAAUAUGGCGUCCCCAGGACAGUACAUAAGACUGAAACACAUCCAUGAUUUGGAAGGCAUCACAGUGUUCCUGUUGAACGGUAGUAUAGGGUAUGAGGAGUGUGGUGUAGGCGGUCUAAAAGAUCUGCCGGCAUACCAGGACCUAGAGGACUACGUGACUGCCAAGGACAUACAGAACUGGCCGUGGAUGGCGGGACUGUAUGUGGAUGGAAAUCGUGACCAAACGUACAGUGAUUUCAUUUGCGGAGCCUCGCUAAUUCGUCCACAGUGGUUGUUGACAGCUGCCCAUUGCUUCCCAAAAAAGAAAUAUUUGUACCCAGCCGAUUGGCAGGCCAGGAUGGGUAGUUUGUCACGUGUGACGAACGAUGGUAUUCCUUUGGACAUCGCGGAAAUCAUCAUUCACCCGGACUACACGAACACACCUAACGAACAGAAUGAUGUGGCCCUCAUAAGAUUAGUAGACCCGGUGAUUCUCUCCCCUACCAUACGGACGGUAUGCCUGCCGAACAACCUGCCUCAGUUUGAAGUUGACCAAAACCAGGCUUGGUACAAAGCUGGGCGCUGGUCAGUCGUCUCGGGCUGGGGAGACGUCAGAGUCAGGAAGCCGACCGACAGUGGAGUCAUUCUACAGGAAGAGCUGAAGUUCACGGCUAUGAGAGUACAGAGUGACGAAACUUGCGACGCCACCAAAGUAAACCCUUUGCUCAGAUACACCCAGAACAUGUACUGUGCCGGUGACGGUAAACGCCGAGACACGUGCGCCGGGGACAGUGGAGGUCCGUCAGUGGUAGAGCUCCCUGUCAGCUAUCAAUCCAAACGAGUGUUCCAGAUCGGCAUAGUGUCGUGGGGAUUCGGCUGCCGACAGGAGGGUAUGUACGGGUAUUAUGUUCGACUGGAGAAGUUUUUACCCUGGAUCCUAGAGAAAGUUGACCCUCCUCAGUCGUAGUUCUUACUGAACUGAUGAUAUCGUGUGGUUUCACCGUUGACGACAUAAAUAUUUUUGACCGGUAAUGUCGUAGGUUUAUGUGUGCUUUAGUCUGAUUUUAACUUGAACGAUGACGUCAUGAAGUUUGUGACACUGAUGAUGUCGUAGGUUAAUGUGUGCUUUCGUCUGAUUUUAACUUGAAUGAUGACGUCAUGAAUUUUGUGAUACUGAUGGUGUCGUGGUCUGAUUCCUAAUGUCAACGAUGACAUCUUCAAUUUUGUGUUGCCGGUGAUGUCGCGCGUUUACAAGUAUGUGUGCAAAUCUGACAUUAACAACACCAAUAACAACAUGAAAUGUGUGUCAGUGAUUGUGUCAUGAGUUUAUGUAUGCGGCAAACUUAUUUCGGACGUUAUCAAGGAUAGCAAUACAUUUCCAAAAGCAUAUUUUUACAUUUGACAAUGGUUUGCUUUCACAGCUUUGGGUGCCCGGUGAACAUCAGGUCCAGGUGUUAUGACCUGUGUAUUUUAUUAUUACUUAGUCCUACGAUAUCA